UGGAUACAUAGCUAUAAUUCAUUAAUCAUCGUUGAUUUUGAAGACUAUUGUUAAGAUGAUAUCAACAAUUGAUUUUAUUAUUAGGAUUACAUUAACAAUUAUGUCAUGUACGUGGGACAAUUUAAACUAGCGAUGAAGAUAAAGAUAAGAAAGUAAAGAGAGAUCCUUAGGAUAAGGAAAAUAAUAUAAUUACUCAAUUACAAAAGCCGGAAGUAUAUCACUAUAUAAUGAAUAGAUAAACUCUUCUUUAGCUGUAUAUGUUCGACGUUUUUCGGCCAAUAUAUCCACAAAUGGUGCUUCUUCAGCAAUUUGAUCAGUUUUUACCGAAAACGUAUCUUUUUCUUGUAAAUCCUUCUGAUAUUCAUUAUUUUCCGUUACAUCUUGAGAAGCCUAUCUUUGGAAGUUACAAUGAUGAAGAGAAAGAUACUGGACGGAUUGUGUUUCACGUACCAGCAGUGUAUGGAAAUAAAGUCAAAAUUCACGAUUGGCAGAUGAAAACUUUGGCGGAGCCUAGAGACAACGUGGAUAUAUUCCCGCCGAAGGGAAAUCUUCACAAAUCUUCCUAUCACAAACUCGGUCCGGAAGAAGAAAGCAUCGGAAUUUCGGAGACACACGACAUGCUGUCGCAAAUCGAGUCAAAAGACGAGCACAGACCGAUUACUUGUCCGCGACGUAAUUUACUCGCAAUGCAAUCGCUCGCUUCGGCAGAAAAAGACUAUGAGGAAAAGGAAUUACAACUGACGGAUAUUCUUCUGGAUCCCAUGGCUUUUUGUCAAAUGGAUUAUCGCACCACCGUGAACGUCGAUUAUCGAUCACCUCAUCCUCCGAAACCAAAACCACCACCAUUGCCACCACCACCGGAACCAUGGUUGUUAAAUCGGCGCACUGUCGGCUACAGUCUUCAGGAUUUAGAAAAUCGUUGCGGACAUCACACAUUUUUGGAUGAUGACAUGGACCUUCACCAAAGAAUAGCAGACUUAAAAAUGAAAAGACUGCUUCCGCCCUUGUUUGCGAUCAUCAGAAUGGUUACUGUGGCAGAAGAUAGAGAAACGGUUGUACAAAAGGGCUUGUCUGAGUGGUGGAGCGAGGAGACGGAAUACGUGUUUCAGAGGAUUGAGAGAUGGGCGGCUUUCGCACGUGGCUACUAUCGUCUUCGAUCGCAAAGAUGGUCCAAGAAUCAGCAAGCGACGCAGGAAUCUUCAGGCGAGACCGCUUGCACGCCGCAAUUCUACAGUCUCAAGCGAUCCAGACGAAAAUCGGGUCCGGAAGAAACAAAGAUCAACUGUUGCGGCACUUUCAACUAUCAGUCGAACAGCAAGCUGGACAGCAACUGUCUGGAAACGUAUCGAUACGAUCAUAGCAUUUAUUUUAAGACCAUCGGUGAUAUCAGGAGCGACAAAAGAGACUUCAGGGACCAAGACGAGGAGAAAGUAUCCAUCAGCAGCGAGGAACUGGUUGAAUGGGACGUCAGCUCGCUCACCGAUCUAAUUACUGAUAAAUUGGUUUCUAAAGAGACAUGUAACAACAAUCGUUUAAAUAAUCUGAAUAUUGCAGACACUGUUAUUGUUGAACAAGAGGAGAACAGAAUGACGCAAAACGCCUGGCCAAUUGUGGACCUGUCCAAACUCGACCUGAAUUUGACGAACAGUCGAGCCAGAGACGAGCGGCUUUCUCAUCUGGUUGAUCAAGACAAUUAUGGAAAAGAUGAGAGGCAAUUGGAAAACAACAAUAUAGACAGCCUGAAGAUGGAUAAAAUAGAUAAUGAGAAUCAGGAGGACGAGUCGAAAGGCCACGAGAGGAUGAAGAGGUUUCGCUCGGUCCGGAAAACCAAACGAUCAUCUAGGAAUGUGCGGAGGCCGCCAAUCGUCGGCGAAAACAAUGUCGUCUGGCCGGGAAUCCUUUUGAAUUACACCAACAACUUCGAUGUCGCUGGCAAUCCUCAUGAGUAAAAGUCGUCGAAGAGAAAAAUAAACAUAUAAGCGUUUCGAUUGAUUACGCAACUAAUUUUACAAAAUAACAGCGAUUUAUAUUUACUGUUAUUUAUUUUAUUAAUGGAGAUGCUUCGCGUUUCUUUAUUAAUUUGCAUGCUAUUUUAUUUGCACGAAAUUUUAUUAUACGUUUUACUAGGGUUUUUAUUGAGGAAUGCAUGUUAUCGAUGACGGAAUUCUGCGCGAAUAAAAACGUAAUGACGAAUUGCAAAUAUAAUGACUUUUUGCAGAGAAACUUUUGAUUAAUAGUUACAGUGGGUGAGGAAAAUUUGUGUGAUGAUUAUAUGAAAUAAUAAAUAGACUUUGCUGUAAUUAUAUUCAUAAGCACAUUCACAUUGCAUAUAAAUGAUUAAAAUAAAGUAUACAUACAAUAAUGUAUAAUGUAAGCUAAAAGCAAAUGUGUGUAGCGUUAUGGCGAAAGAAAUUUUUCAGAUUUUAUCAAAUAUGACGCAAUGUUACAUAUUUUGCGAAAAAUA